CAUCUUGGUACUGCUCAGGGUGUGGUUCACGGCAGUGGUGCUCCUUAUCAUGCUGCCAGCCAUGUUCGGCAUCUCCCUGGGGAUCACGGAGGUCUACAUGAAGAUCCUGGUGAAGACUCUGGAGGAAUGCUUCCUGGAGUCAGACCUGUGAAUAUCCUGUUUCCAUGGACAGUGGGCAACACUGCGGAUCCAGAAGCACAACAGGAGACAGGACCUAAUCAAGGCCACUGUCACCAAUGGAAUCAUCCAGAGGGACGACGGCUCCAUGGAGCAGGAGAUCGGAGCGCUGCGCCAGAGCAGGCCCACGUCCCUUUCUAGGGGCAAGUUCACGCUGUGUGACGUCUUCUAUUUCACCCGGAAAGGCAUCGAGAGCAUCGUGGACGACGAGGUCACCCAGCGCUUCUCCUCCGAGGAGCUGGUGUCCUGGAACCUACUCACAAGGACCAACAACAACUUCCACUACAUCAGCCUGAGGCUAACCGUCAUAUGGGGGCUGGGCGUGGUCAUCCGCUACUGUGUCCUGGCCCCGCUCCGGAUCACCUUGGCAUUUAUUGGGAUAACCUGGCUGGUGACAGGGACCUCCUUGGUGGGGCUGCUGCCUGACAUCAGUGUGAAGAGCUGGCUGAGUGAGCUGGUCCAUCUCAUGUGCUACCGGAUCUGUGCCCGGGGCCUGUCUGCCACCAUCCGCUACCACAACAAAGAAAAUAUACCCAAGAAUGGAGGCAUAUGUGUAGCCAACCAUACCUCACCAAUUGAUAUAGUUAUCCUGGCUAAUGACAGAUGCUAUGCUAUGGUGGGCCAAGUACACGGGGGCCUGAUGGGAAUCAUACAAAGGUCGGCGGUGAGAGCCUGUCCUCAUGUUUGGUUUGAGAGGUCCGAGAUGAAAGAUCGCCACCUAGUGGCAAAGAGGCUGAGGGAUCACGUGGCAGAUAAGACCAAGCUUCCCAUACUCAUCUUUCCUGAGGGGACCUGCAUCAACAACACAUCGGUCAUGAUGUUCAAAAAGGGGAGUUUUGAAAUUGGAGGGACCAUCUACCCAGUGGCCAUAAAGUAUGACCCACAGUUUGGAGAUGCCUUCUGGAACAGUGGUAAAUACAACAUGGUGAGCUACCUGCUGCGGAUGAUGACCAGCUGGGCCAUUGUGUGUAACGUGUGGUACCUGCCCCCCAUGGAACGCCAGGAAGGAGAAGAUGCCGUUCAUUUUGCAAGCCGAGUAAAAGCAGCCAUCGCCCAUCAGGGGGGGCUGGUGGACCUGUCCUGGGACGGUGGGCUGAAACGGGCCAAGGUGAAGGACACCUACAGAGAGCAAGAGCAGAAGAAGUACAGCAGCAUGAUCGUAGGGGACGACAGCAGCGGGAUCGUAGGGGACGACAGCAGCGGGAUCGUAGGGGACGACAGCAGCGGGAUCGUAGGGGACGACAGCAGCGGGAUCAUAGGGGACGACAGCAGCGGGAUCGUAGUGGACAACACCAGCGGGAUCGUAGGGCACAAGAGCAGCAGCUGAUGGGGAUUCCAGGUACGUAGGAGCAGUGCACUCACCCAGAGACUGGAUAUUUCUGCAGAAAUGUAGAUUUUUUUAUAUGCUCUGCCUCAAAAUGGAGUUCUCUGCCAAGAGCAACCAGGCCAGAAUACAGCCUUGAUGAACUUCCCCUGGUGCUGGUUUUGGAGGAGAUGGCUGGCUGCUGGACUUGCUGUCUCUCUUUGUAACACAGGGAAGCCAAUGGCCAGAGCUGGUGACUCACUCAUGAUGCAGCUCUUUAAUCCUGCUCCGUGUUCCCAUGAUUGAGGCCAGAGCGACACUGGAGUACAAUAACUCUCACCUCUCACCUUUUUCAUAGCCUUCAGUCCUCUUUUAUUCUUUCUGUAUGGGGUAUGGUUAAGUGGGUAUGGUUUCUGAGUGGGUAUGGUUAAGUUGCGUCCCCAGGUUUGUAGGUGUCGCUGCUGAUAGACAUAAAAGCUUUGUGUAAUCAUCUAAAGGUGUUUUUAAAUGUCUCAUUAAAUAUAUUCAGAUAUUUUAGUUUUUUAAUGCCUUCUGCCUUGAUGUACAGACCUGAUUUAAAUGUACUAAAAGUGGAAAAAAAAUAUUUAGUUUUUUAAUGAUUAAAUCGAAACCGUGAAGAAUUGACCUAAAUAUUAAUUCAAAAAUGAAAUAUUCUGCCUAUUUUGUACCGGACACCUGGGGGCAGUAUUGGACAAACAGCGCCACCUUCGUUAAAUUCCGUUGAACUGACCUGAGUUAUUCCACAUCGAUGCUGACUGGAACGAAAGUUUUACUGUGUAUAACAGGUUAAUAGAUAUUAGACCGUUUGUCAUCUAUCAUGUCCGAGCUAAUGUAAGUAGCCAUGAAAUGAACUUGUAUAAACCAAUAGGCAGUCAUGUUAUAUUUAUAUAUUUUUCUGUUUGUGGUUGUAUUGACUCAAAUCGAUUUUUACAAAAACGAUUACUGACGCGGACAUGGCAUACAACAAGCACUAGGCCUGCAUUUGGUAACCGAUAAGUAAAAAUACAAACCUGUAUUACUGUGUA